AUGGCGAUCAAUAUCGCCUCCGGCUACGCCACGUUCCUGCAAGAAGCUUCGAGUCUACAAGAGCAUGAGAGCGGCAGACGAAUUAUCAUACAAACCCACACUGGCACCAAUGCGGACGGUGUGGCUAUUCCUCUUUGGAUAUUUCGCAUUCCAGAUGCAGCCGUUGAAAGUUUGGAUAUGGCCGCUGCAAUGUUUGGUGCGUUCUGCGAGCCAGGGACAGCACCAAGAUGUGCUUCUUUGGUUGUUCCGUUCUAUAAGAGGUAUUCUAUGUCAGGAGAAUUGGGUCAUCGGUCGGAGAGCUUUCUUCUCGUCGCUAGUAGGUCCCUAUCUUCAGCUCCAGACACCAAGGACGAGGAUAAUGUUCCGUCCUCGUCAGCCCGCAUGAAGUCACGGGGAAUUGGCAUGCUAUGGCGCUUUUUUCUUGGAAGAGGCAAGGAUAAGAGACGAUCCGAGUGCAGUUACGAGAGCUUUUCGAAAGAUGGAGUAGUCUUUGCGUCGAGUCAUCUCUACAAGAGUGCCUGGCGAGCCUUGGUUGUCAUUCUUAUGGCUAUUUGUGUUCUCUUGAUUGUCCUUGGGGGUAUUAAUACACGCCGACCCACGACGCGAAUCCUCAGAUCCGGCGCUCAUGACAGCGAGAGUGUUGCGAUAGCAUGGCACCGCUACCAUACGGGCACUAGUAUUGGGCCAAAGAAUCAAUUGCGCAUCCAAUGGCAUAAUGCGAGUGAAUGGGGACGCCUAAACGCACAUCAAAAUGGCGAGUGGGAGUUCAGGAUAGACGACCAGGCACUUAUCCCGGCACACAUGCUGGACAAUGACGAAAGAGACAGACAAAUGUACUUCCGGGCACGAUAUCCGCACAUGGCUGCGGUGGUGGAUGCGAGCGAUUACAUCCGCCCGGCUUGGCUCGGGUCCAAGUCUAUUCUUAUAGAAUGGGAUAGCACAUUCCAUGAUGGGCACUGCAUCCUAGCGCUCCGUCGCUACUUUAAAGCGAAAGAGACGGGCCGUCAUGUUUGUCCACGCGACAUCGAUCCAGCCCAUAUUCUCCACUGCCUCAACACGCUCGAGAAGAGUAUUCUUAAAUCAGGACCAAUGAGUCGGCAUAGUCCUCCAAGUUAUAUGUAUUGGGAAACAAAGGUCUGCUUCUAG